UCCAACGUCCUUCACCUUAUCCAUUGCUUACCAUUCAUUCCCAACCAGCCAAAGCCAGCAGAUUCAAGAGAGAUAUGUCAAAGGAGGUGAGCAUGGAGGGAGGAGAGCAGCAGGGGAAGGACUACCAGGAUCCUCCCCCUGCUCCACUUUUAGACAUGGGGGAGUUGAAGCUCUGGUCCUUUUACCGUGCUCUCAUAGCCGAGUUCAUCGCCACCUUGCUCUUCCUCUAUGUCACAGUGGCCACCGUCAUAGGCUACAAGAAAGAGAGAGACCCCUGUGGCGGCGUUGGCCUUCUCGGCAUCGCCUGGGCUUUCGGAGGCAUGAUCUUCAUCCUUGUCUACUGCACUGCCGGCAUCUCAGGUGGACACAUUAACCCUGCCGUGACUUUCGGGCUAUUUUUGGCCAGAAAAGUUUCACUGGUAAGGGCCGUGAUGUACAUGGUGGCCCAGUGCCUGGGGGCCAUAUGCGGAGUUGGGCUGGUGAAAGCGUUCAUGAAGCCCUUGUACAACAAUCUCGGUGGAGGAGCCAACGAAGUUGUUCAUGGCUACACCAAGGGAGUGGGUCUGGGUGCCGAAAUCAUCGGCACCUUCGUUCUCGUCUACACCGUUUUCUCAGCCACCGAUCCCAAAAGAAGCGCUCGUGAUUCCCAUGUGCCGGUCUUGGCCCCAUUGCCCAUUGGCUUUGCAGUGUUCAUGGUGCACUUGGCCACCAUUCCCAUCACCGGAACUGGUAUCAACCCUGCAAGGAGCUUCGGAGCUGCAGUCAUUUACAACAGCGACAAGGCCUGGGAUGACCAUUGGGUGUUCUGGGUUGGGCCGUUUGUUGGCGCAGCGGCAGCUGCUGCCUAUCACCAAUACAUUCUGAGAGCAGCUGCCAUCAAAGCUUUGGGAUCUUUCCGCAGCAAUCCUCACAACUGAAGCUUGUGCGUCUUUUCUCAUUUGUUUUGAGUGCGUGGGAGUGGGAAACUUGUUCUAUUUUUUGUACUAUUACUACUAUAUAGGAUUGUUUUUUGUAGCGAAUAUGAUUGUUUUUUGUAGCGAAUUUCAUCCGGUCCGGGACAAAAUUUGUCCGUGGCCUGCUUUAAUCAUGUUCCUGACCGGUUUUACUUUGUGGGAGAUUUGUACGUUGACGUUUGUCAUAUGCAUUCUUUUCGGGCCUAGUCAUUGUUCUUCUUUUCCUC